CCUGUCUCUUUAAAUCAUCACCACCACCUAACCCUCCCUCUGGGCUCACAGGAGCUGUGAGUCUCAAAGACUUCCUCUAUGCAGAGUGGAAGGAAACAGCCCACCACACUCAAAACCAAAGGGAAAGCAAAGAUGAGGGCCUUCUUGGAUCACCAGUGAGAGCCUGUCACCAGGAAAGGCAAGCCCCGCAGGGAGCAGGAGCUACAACCAACAAGAAGGAACAUGGUUCUGAGAGCAUUUACUGUCUGAGCACCCGGGCUCCACCAGGCACCUACCUUUCGGGUAAUCAUGGGAGGACGGAAGAUGCCAAGAGAUGAAGAAAAUGCCUAUGGCGUCCAGGAGACCCGGGGACCGGGACAUGUCGCUCUCAGGUUCCGAAGCUUACAGACCACCGGUGCCCACAGGUUUCCAGGAGUUCAGGUCCGCCCCGCAGGAGCGCAGGCUGCGCCUCCUCCUGGUUGGGAGGUCGGGGACCGGGAAGAGCGCCACGGGCAACAGCAUCCUCCAGCGGAAGCACUUCCUCUCCAGGCUCUCGGCCACGGCGGUGACCCGGGCCUGCGCCACGGGGAGCUGCCGCUGGGCCUCGUGGGACGUGGAAAUCCUCGACACCCCCGACCUCUUCAGCCCCGAGGUCGCCCAGGCAGACCCGGGCUUUGAGGAGAGAGCCCGCUGCUACCUGCUGUCGGCCCCGGGGCCCCACGCCGUGCUCCUGGUGACCCAGCUCGGCCGCUUCACCGCCCAGGACCUGCGGGCCUGGCGCGGGGUGAAGGCGCUCUUCGGGGCGGGCAUCGCGGCGCGCGCCGUCGUGGUCUUCACCCGCAGGGAGGACCUGGCGCGGGGCUCGCUGCAGCAGUACGUGCGCGACACGGACAACCGCGCCCUCCAGGAGCUGGUGGCCGAGUGCGGGGGCCGCUGCUGCGCCUUCGACAACCGAGCGGCCGACGGGGAGCGCGAGGCGCAGGUCGGCGAGCUGAUGGGGCUGGUGGAGGAGCUGGUGCGGGACCACGGCGGGGCCCCCUACACCAACGACGUGUACCGCCUGGUGCAGACCCUGGGCGGGCUGAGCCCCGAGGAGAGGCUGCGCAGGGUGGCGGAGCGACUGGCCGCCCGCGCGCCGACGUGGCCGGGGCGGGGGCCUCUGGCCGGGCUGUGGCGGUGGCCCAAGGCGGCGCCGGGGACCCGGUGUAAGCUGGGCCUGGCCGCCCUGCUGGGCGCCCUGUUCCUGCUGUACCUGCUCUGCAGGCGCCGGCCCGAGGCGGUGACUGUGUGACCUUCAGUCUCGCACAUCACCUGGCAAGAAAGGACCUGAACACUUGGAUCUGAAGGGGGAUUUCAAAGGAAUCAGAGUUUUCAGAAAUUUCAUGUUUACCCCAGCACAUAAUUUUUAAAUAAAGUUGUACCACUUCAAAACAUCCUUAAAA